CAAAACACUUAGUUCUACUGCGGGAGGCAUAGCACUCUCUGGUUUAAAGAGAAUUCACCGCCACAACGUAAAUCAGUGCCGAAGCUUCAGUGUGUUGUGAUAGUGUUGCAUUAUGUCUCGUCAAAGAUGGAAAAACAACAAGAAAUUGCUUCCAGCGGAGCAUAAGAUUUUCCAACAGUUUUGUGAACAUUCCUCUCUUCAUGGACUUAACCACAUUUUCGAAGAAGGAAGUUUACUUUUUGAAAGGAUUGUGUGGUUUCUGGUCUUUCUCUCUGGCGUUUGUUUUUCUGGUUACUUUUGCUGGCAAAUGUGGCAGAAAUGGGAGCAAUCUCCACUACUCACGUCCGUCGAAACCCAUCUCUAUCCACUGAGAAACACCCAUUUUCCAGCCGUUACCAUCUGUAAUGUCAAUAAAGUCUCCGAGAGAAAACUGUACAGUGCAAUACUAGACAAUCCAAAGUUCAUGAAUGUCUCGUACAUUAAGCUGCAAUCAACGCUGAGAUACAUGACAAAGCUCGAUAGAGCUAUUAACAACGAAGAAGAACUUUUGAGGUUGAGCCGUUAUUAUGAAGCGCGUAACAUCUCUGCUCUUGAUUUAUUCAGAAUUUUGAAAAAGACUGCCCCUUCUUGCUCAGACAUGGUCCUGGAUUGUAGCUGGUUAGGUCUCACGGAACCAUGUAUGCACUACUUUUCAUUCUUACCAACGGACGAUGGAAUGUGCUGCACGUUUAACGGUGGCAAUUAUUUUGACACAAUCUUAGAUAUCGACUCCAAGCCACGUCACGAACCUUUACAGGUGAGUGGCAACGGAUAUCGAAUGGGUUUAACUCUUGUCUUAGACGCCGAUCUCGACGACACCAGUGUAACAAGCGGAAAAUUCGACGGUUUUAAAGUAUUGCUGCAUUCACCGGAAGAAUUUCCUGACGUGUCUCACAGAGGAUUUGUAAUAGGGCUUGGGACGGAAACUUUCGUCGCGGUCAAAGCAACUACAUCUUUCUACGCGGACGAAGUAGCGCGACAAGUGUCGCCAAACAAACGUCAAUGUUACGUGGAGGGCGAAAAGAAACUGAAAUAUUUCCAGCGUUACAGUCGAUCGGCUUGUUCUGUCGAAUGCGAUACUCAAAUGAUGGAAGAUCGCUGCCAUUGCCGUCCUUUUUUCUUCAAAGGGGAUAAUCGGACAAAGCUGUGUGAAAUAAAUGCAUAUUCUUGCAUCUCCGAGGUGUACGAGGACAUUCAUUCACGUGGAGAUUACUGCGGGGAAGUCUGCAAUUGUUUGCCUCCCUGUUCGGACACUUGGUACGAGCCAGAAAUUUCAUAUGCUUCAUUUCCUGGACGUGGGUUCAACCGAACUCGAACAUUUAAACGUAUCGUAGCUAGGCACAGUCUCAAUCCUGGCUCUGAAACAAAAGAGUAUUUGAAGUCCAAUGUAGCCAUGCUUCACGUCUAUUACAAGGAGCAGACCGGAAUGCGCUAUAGAACCGACAUCCGUUACGGAAUCGAAGACUUUAUUUCUGCAGCCGGUGGACUUUUGGGCCUUGGCCUAGGGAUGAGCUUCAUCAGCGUCAUCGAAAUAAUUUACUACCUCUUUUACCGUCGCCUGUUUCUAUGGCUUCGUUCCAAUUGGCCAAAGUAUAGACAAUCCUCAACCAAAUCGCGUACAUCGAUUGUUCCUCCUUAUCCCGUGGAAUCAGCCAAAUUCAAAAAAAGCCCUCCGUCAUCGCCAACAGCAAAACCGUCAACACCAAGUGUUUGGUACCUGAGCCUAGAUGGACACUCGCAACUCGUGCGCCGUGGUUCAAAUAACUUACCUGCGCAAAUAAAGGCACGCUUUUCCAAUAUUAAUUGAUAUUGUUAAGUGUGGCACAUCAAUCUUUCACGAAAGACGUAAAAAAAGUGAACUGUGGGCCAUUGAAUUGCAGUUUUAGAUAACGAACAGUUAUG